AGACACAAGCACCGUCAAAUCCACUACAAGAUCUUACUCAUAUGCUCCGGGGAAGAUCACACCAUCCGACAACUCAGGGAGGCUUCGGAGACAUAUGGAAGUGUGAUUUAGUGAAACCCGAUGGGACUGUUGAGGUAGCAGUGAAGACUAUUCGUGCUUUCCAAUCCGACGAUGAGGACUCGAUGCGGAAGAAAAGUAAGAGAGUGCGUCGCGAACUCAAAGUUUGGGGUCGUCUCAAGCAUGAUAGCAUUCUUCCACUCUGGGGAGUGGCGACUGACUUUGGACCCUACCCUGCAAUGAUCUGCCCAUGGGCUAAAAACGGAACACUCACGGGUUAUCUUGAGAGUCAAAGCUCGUUGUCAUCUCACGAUAAGUUCUCCCUUCUGAAUGACAUUGCUCUUGGUUUGCAAUACCUCCACAGCAAAUCAGUUGUCCAUGGGGACCUGACAGGGUUAAAUGUCUUGAUUUAUGGUAACGGUCGGGCAUGCCUUACUGAUUUCGGUCUGUCCACUAUAAUCAUGGAGUUCCUUGGUACCUCAUAUAUGACGAGCUCCAUCCGAGGGAAUGUUCGAUGGGCAUACGCAGAGUUAUAUCAAGUAUCAGAGGACGACGACUCGGAGGUCUUGCUCAGUCCCGAGUGCGACAUAUACUCAUUUGGCAGUAUCAUGCUCCAGAUAUCGACUUGCAAGGUGCCCUACUACAAUGUGAAGACAGAUUAUGCGGUGUUGGCACGAGUCGUCAAGGGGAUGAAACCGGAACCUCCAGAGGAAUCGCAAAUAGCGCCUGGGCACUGGGAGUUCUUACAGCGAUGCUGGUUGCCUCGUGCAAGUCGUCCGUCGAUUGCAGAAAUCGUCAGGUUUAUAGCAUGUGAACGACAGGCUGUGUCAUCCUAGUC